AUGUCGUGUCGCUCUCAAAGCGACGCUUACAAGUCAGCCUUGACUGAUCGUUUCAUCGAUACCACGAACUCAAAGCCUUUCGACAUUCACAACGCUGAAGUGUUCAAGGACCAACCACUUCAAGACCCUAGUACAGAACUCCGGUAUUUGUACUUGCUUCCAAAGAGACACAACAUCAACCUCGAUGGACAGACCGUCCUUCGCUGCGAACUUCUCUCAGAUGCCGAAGAACAAACGCCCCACUACAUCGGGUUAUCCUACACAUGGGGUGACCCCGAGAUUCGUCGUCCGAUGCUAGUUGGCGACAAGGUCUUCCAUGCUACUGAGAACCUUGCCAUCGCUUUGGAGCAUCUGCAGGAAGAAGACAAGACUAUCAUAUUCUGGAUAGACGCAGUCUGCAUCAACCAAAACGAUUCAAAUGAGAAAAGCAUACAGGUCCAACGAAUGGGUAGCAUAUUUGCAUCUGCCGUUCUGGUCAUUGCAUGGAUUGGCCCCGCAGCAGACGACAGUGAUUUAGCCCUACAAGAGUUGGAGAGCUAUGCUGCUGAAUUUAUCCAAGAUUCAUGGUCUCAGUUCAGACAGGUUUAUGCCAAAAGGUUCGCAGCACUGCACGUUGAAUCAAUCGAGGCUCUUCUCGUCCGCUCAUGGUUCAAGCGCGUAUGGGUGGGACAAGAAGUGGCGCUGAACGAACAAGUUAUAUUCGUCUGUGGUCAGCGCGAUAUCCUCCGAGAAAAACUACUCGAAUGCUGCUUGUUGUUUUCGCAAUCGCUGGUUCUAUGGAGGGGCGACAUGAUAUGCGCAGAUUUCUUUCGGUUUGAUUAUGUACAGGCUCUUACUUGGCGCGACUUUGUCAAACAUACUAUUGCCAAUCUCUUCCUGUUUUAUGGUAGCGCACUAGAGUCUUCCGAUCCAAGAGACUUCGUGUACAGUUCAUUCGGGCGGAUCAAUAACAUUAAAGAGUGUGGGCUUCACGUUGAUUACACCACUUCAGUUGAAGUGGUAUACACGGAAUUUGCUGAAGCUAUAAUACGAGCCGGGGAGAUUGACAUGCUUUCUAAUGUUUGGCGUCCCUCGUCGACUUACAAAAAUCUCCCGUCGUGGGUUCCCGAUUGGUCUGACACAUAUCUAUGUGGUUAUCCUGAAAAUGCUUCCAUGCUUGAGAAAGACAUUGUGGAAAUUUGUAAUGUCGGAAGAGGAGACAAAGCUCUCAAAAUCUCUGCUCGGCGACUUGCUCGGGUUGGUCGGAUUGAGAACGAAUUGCAGAUUCAGCGGGACAUUCGUGAUCUUAAUCCGGCAAAGUUAGCUUUGGUCACCAUACAAGAGGAAGAGGGAGUUAUGUGUUUCUUGAAUACAAUCCAACGAGCUCUUAGUCGCAAAGAGCGGUGGCGCCCUGAAGAGGUUGAAAAGGCUCUUUUUAACCUGUCGACUGGUAUGUCAUUGGCUAAGGAUCUUCUUGAAGACCAAGAAGACGUAGUAGACGACCUGUCCAUAUCAUAUCGGGCAUUUCGGGGUCUUAUAACUCCACCUGACGACAUUCUAAACCCACAAGCCUGGAGAAAAGACGCCAGUCAUGCCUAUCUCAACAUUCUUCGGGAUUCGAAAAUCGAGAAUUUCUUUGUAACUUCCAUAGAUAUUGUCGGUGUAAGUCGGGAUGGCGUGCAGCCUGGUGACUGGGUAUACGUAUUGGGAGGUGUUGAAGGAGCAUGGGUUCUCCGUGAAGCAGGAGAAGGCUAUCAUCGCAUCGUUAGUAUUGCUAGCAUCUUUCCAUGGGAAGAUCUUGAGAACAAUGAUGCGCCAAUCGAGGUUCUCACCAUCAUUUGA